GCGUUUGACAGCCCAUAACUAAGCGCCCCUUCGGAAACGGUUCCCACGAACGAUAUCGAAUUGCACAACGCGUAAACACGCAUUGCUGAAUGUUAAAAAAAAACAACAACGGGAACAACAGAAAAUCAAGACUGGCUACCCGGGAGCGGUGUGCAAUCGUAAUUCGGGCGGGAUUUACACCAAAGAAUGGAAAUAUUUGUCUACCGCGGCGAAUGGGGAUUACCCUCGAUCGAUUACGAAUGUAACCGGCUUCUGGCAUAUCUGAAAUUUGCCGGCGCCAAAAUAACGGUCAACUUUAACGGCAAUCCGUUCAGCUCACCGAACGGCAUGCUGCCGUACAUGAUAGCCGAUGGAAGGAAGAUUGCCGGAUAUGGACGAAUCGUGGAGCAUCUGGUGGCCGCCGGUAUAGGGCCACCACCGAUGCCGGCACACGGCACGCCCGUUAAUGCGGGGGACGAAAGCCAGCACGCUGCUACCCGGAUCAAUGGCCACAUGCAGUACGUGCAGGAAAAUUUGCAUCCCUACUUCAUGUACAUGCUGUGGGGCGAUCCGAAGAACGUGGACACCACGCGCACGGUGUACGCGAAACGCAUUCCAAUCCCGUUCAAUUUCUACUGCCCGCGCAAGUACGUGCUGCGAACGAACGAUAUCACGCAAUCGUUGGCCGGCUUUUCGCUAGAAGAUUCGAUCGAAUUUCACGACGUUUCGGAGUUUCAACACAAUGCUAAAACCUGCCUCAAUUGGAUCGCUUCGAAGCUUGAGGACAACCGGUGGUUUGUGGGUGAUCGGCCCACGGAGGUGGACGCAAUGGUGUACGGUUAUUUGUCCGUGUUGCUGAAGCACACGUUGCCGAACAAUGUGCUGCAGAACCACAUCCGGCAGUGUCCGAAGCUAAUGCAGUACGUGGAUCGAACGACAACCACCUUCUUUGCCAAGGAGGGUUUCAAUAGUUUUACCGCCACGGCACGGAACAAUGGCGGCCAGCAGAAGGAGUCCGGUGCGGGCAGUCCGAACGAUGGUGGUGCGUCGACCUCCUCCUGCACUUCGACCGGUGGUGGAGAACGGUCGGAAAAGGGCGGGAAUGAUGCAAAGUUUCACACCGGCCAACAGCAAGACCCGGACGACGGACCGAAGGAAAGACGGAAACGCUACAUUCUGUCUGGGCUGGUGGCAACGGUGGCAAUGGUAGGAUUUGCAGUGCUGAACGGUAUUUUAACGCUUCCGAACGAGGGAAACCAUGGUAAUUUCAUACAGUACGAUGACCCCGGUGACUAUGAUGAUGAUAAUUAGGUAGUUGCUAUUAGUUACACUGCCACCCUUUGUUAAGCUUGUUUUAACUGAAACGGAUUGCUGGCAGCGUUAGAGCUUCGAGAAAGUACCAAAAUUAGACGAUACGGUGAAAGCAUAAAGCACAUGUUCGUUACACUGAACCUAGGGGCUGUGUGUGUGUGUGUGUAUUAUUUUAUUGGUUUAAAUACUUUUCACAGUACAAUUUGUCUCUUUAUCUAAUGGCUUCGCUUCGUUUGAAUAAAUAAGCAGCUAGCACGA